GGUCCAUUUCCGUUUGGAAGACGCGCGUCCGGGCAGCUUGACGCAGCAGCCGGUGAUGAAAGCGACGCGCAUUGGUCUGUCUGCGGAAGACAGCUGAGCGCUGCAAACAUCCAGUCACUGUUUGAACACCCAGCUCCAACUUCCACAACACAGUCCGACCCAACACGUCCACACACACACACACACCCGCCGUCUGCGCUUCCUCUCACCUCACCCACAAACACUUUGUCUUCCCCUCUCCUCCAAAACCACUAUUAUUCACUCGCUGACACGGACAGACAAAGAAAAUAGGAAAAAAAGAGAAAGAAACCCCACCACCACCCACCUCACCCUCCCCUCCUAAACCAAACGGGAGUCGGCUGAAAUGCACGGCAGUCUGGUUCUCGGGAGGAGGGUGUCCGACGCAGAGCUGUAGUUUCUCUCCAAGAGGCGAGGAAUGCAAUCUGAGCAUCAAUGUUUCACUGGGGCAAGUGGAAGAAGAGGAUGGGAGCCAACAGUUCUUCAAAGAGACCCGUGUUCGACGAGAAGGAAGAUGUAAACUUUGACCACUUCCAGAUUUUGCGGGCCAUCGGAAAAGGGAGCUUCGGAAAGGUAUGCAUUGUGCAAAAGAGGGACACAGAGAAGAUGUACGCCAUGAAGUACAUGAACAAACAGCAGUGCAUAGAGAGAGAUGAGGUCCGAAACGUCUUUAGAGAGCUUGAGAUCCUACAGGAAAUUGAACAUGUAUUUUUAGUAAAUCUCUGGUACUCCUUUCAGGACGAGGAGGACAUGUUCAUGGUGGUCGACCUCCUGCUUGGAGGAGACCUGCGCUACCACCUACAGCAGAACGUCCAUUUCAGUGAGGACGCCGUCAAACUCUACCUCUGUGAGAUGACUCUGGCCCUGGACUACCUGCAGAGCCAGCACAUCAUCCACAGAGAUGUGAAGCCGGACAACAUCCUUUUAGAUGAACAAGGUCACGCUCACCUGACAGACUUCAACAUUGCCACUAUAAUAAAGGAUGGAGAGAGAGCCACAGCGUUGGCUGGAACCAAGCCCUACAUGGCUCCAGAGAUCUUCCAGUCGUUUGUGAGCGGAGGUACAGGCUACGCCUUUGAAGUAGACUGGUGGUCACUGGGGGUAACAGCCUUUGAGGUUCUGCGUGGAUGGAGGCCCUAUGACAUCCACGCCAGUAACUCCGUGGAGUCUCUGAUCCAGCUCUUCAGUACAGUGAGCGUCCAGUACUGCCCAGCCUGGCCCAAAGACCUGGUGGCUCUUUUAAGGAAGCUCCUGACGGUGAACCCAGAGCACCGGUUCUCCAGUCUCUCUGACAUGCAGACGUCUCCGUACCUCGCCGAAGUCAACUGGGACGCCGUGUAUGAGAAGAAGAUGGAGCCGGGCUUUGUUCCUAAUAAAGGCCGGCUCCACUGCGACCCCACCUUUGAGCUGGAGGAGAUGAUCCUGGAGUCGCGUCCCCUCCACAAGAAGAAAAAGAGGCUGGCUAAGAACCGCUCGCGAGACAACAGCAAGGAUUCGCAGUCUGAGAACGACUACCUACAGGAGUGCCUUGAAGUGGUGCAGCAGGAGUUCAUGAUCUUCAACCGGGAGAGGUUGAAAAGGCGCCAGGAGGAGGGUCAGUCGGAGGCCGGGGGCGACAACGCCAGCGCGGACGGCGACGUAGAGGCGGAACCCGGGGCCGCCGCUGAUGACGACGCGCCGGAACCGGACCCGGAGCCUCAGCCGGAGCUCGACCCGGAUCCGGAACCGGAGUCCUCCUCCAAACUGAGCAUGUGCGGCUCCGUGUGCUCCUCUCCCGGCAGCUGCUAGCCCGCACUGCGAUGGGUCUCUCUGGCGGCUGCCGCGUUUGUGCCAUGCCAAUAGAUUCCCCCCCUUCGCCCAUCUCCUCUGUAGCCGGGAAAGGGGGGGUGAGGAAACGCACAUGGAAGGGGGCGAGGGGGGUAGGGGCUCAAAACGACCCAAAAAUGGCUCCUGCAGUGUUCUUUCUCUUUUACUUUCUGUAGCAUCUUUCCGGUAAGGCAUGAAUGAAGCAGAUCCCCAGAGAGUCUCUGUGCUCGUAGAGUAAGCUCUAACUUCUAUGCAAUGUAACUUUAUAGCAUGAAAACUAAGGUUAUCACUAACUAGGAGGUGUCGAUCACGAGAGAGAGAGAGAGAGAGAGAGAGAGAGAGAGAGAGAGAGAGAGAGAGAGAGAGAGAGAGCAUCCACAGGCAGGGUGACAUCUUUGAGCAACAGCGAUCCACGGUUUAGGGUGGGUUGCCGGUUCGGUGGAGGCGCCUGCCGGUCUUUCGCAUCGUCUCUGUGCCAAAACUGUUGGGGGCGACUGAGUGAUUCGGCACACGAAGCCGCUCAGCGUACAUAAUCGCCUGUUUUUGCUUUACUUUCCCCUCCGCAGCCUCUCCUACGACCCUGCCGGGGUGACAGAACACCCCCUUUCUGGUGUUUUGGGUUUAGGAUAGGGGCUCUGCAGCCUGCGGCACUAUAACUUUGGCUAAAAAUGAUAAAGAACCAACUAAUGUUUUUAAAUAUGGAUCUAAUAACAGAUGCUAAUUUUAAUAGAUUUUCAUGGAAUAAUUGCAUUUAAUAUAGAAACCAUAAUGAGACUUAUGGUACCGGCAACAGUUUGCCUGUCUUUGGGUUGGGAAAUUUGUGCUUCUUACACAAUUUUCCACAAGUAUCAACAUCCUUUUAAAGUAAAUGUUUCCAUCCUCUUGUUGCAAAACCUUACAAAUAAAACAAAGGUUCUCUAAUUUCCUAUAUUAUAUAUUAAAUUAAGGUUGUUAGGUCUCUUUUUUUUAAAGAUUGUGCAACAUUAGCGGCUCUUAACGAGGUUUUAUUUAGCUGGACUGAGGGCAAAAAAUAAAUAACUUGCUCUUUGCAUCGUUAAGGAUGCAGAUUUCUGGUGGAGGAUGUGACAGAAAUUAUCUGCUCCAAUGUCUAACCUCAAGUGUACAGAAACUCACAGCGGAUUCAACGCCGUCGUUACGCAUCAAACCAAGAUCAAAAACGCACAGACUAACUACACCCUGGGACGCAACAGAUGGCAUAACCUUCAGCCGUAACAGGACAAAGCAGCUUUGAGUUUUUUUGGGCGGCGGUGUCGACAGAGGUGUCGACGUCUCAGUGGGUCCGGUCUUCCUUACGACAUUGCUAAAGUUCAUUGAUGAGGAACUUGUUUCUGCACAGCAAUCUAAAGAUUGCUAAUCAGUUUAGAGGUCUGGGCUUUGACUAGGCCAUUGCUGCACUGCAAAAAUUGAUCUAAAAAUAAGCAAAAUGUUCUUAAACAUA